AUUAUCAAACACUAACGAAAUUAAUAUGCCAACAAAAAUUUAGAAACAGAAGAAACAUAUCAACAACUUCAGCUAUUCUGUCCCUGGUGGACUCAAGAGUGUUGUGUUUAAUAGGAAAAGUAAAAUAUUAACCUGAAAAAGUUUCACUCGCAAAUAUAGCAAUGGCCACAACCUCCUCUUCUGCUCUCACUAUAUCCUCUUCAACCACCCUUGUUGAUGGCAAGGCUCCAAGACAAUCACCAUCAACUACCCCACAAUGUGUGAGCCUUCCCACUCUUCCCCCUCCACCUUUGCAAUCUCAUAACCGUUCAUGGAAAACCACUGUUUAUUGUCGCAAGAUUGCUCGCAAUGUUAUGGCAAUGGCCACAGGAGAGGCACCAGCUGAAGUUGCCGCAACUGAGUUGCCAGAGUUUGUUAAGACUCUUCAAGAAGCUUGGGACAAAGUUGAUGACAAAUAUGCAGUUAGUUCACUGGCUGUGGCUGGUGUGGUUGCAUUGUGGGGCUCAGCUGGUUUGAUCUCAGCAAUUGAUAGGCUUCCUUUAAUUCCUGGGGUUCUUGAGGUUGUAGGCAUUGGCUACACUGGGUGGUUUGCCUACAAGAACAUAGUUUUCAAGCCAGACCGGGAAGCUUUGAUUCGGAAAAUAAAAGAAACAUAUAAUGAAAUAAUUGGGAGCAGCUAAAAGGUUAGGAAAUGCUGAGAUGCUUAUUUCAUGAAAGAGUCAUAUCUUGCAGCAUCCUGUUGAAGAUGUCAUCAUGCUUCAUUUAAUUUUGCGCCGUAAGCUUCUGACCAUACGUUAUCUCAUGUAAUGUAAUGUGUUAUUUGAAAAAGUGUAUCUUUUUAUAUACAUUAAUCCACUUUUAAGGCAAUCCCAUUUCCUCAAUUAUCUGUAGUGGUUGGUUACCAAACAAAGGGCAAUUGGGUCCAUUGAUCUUAAUUCAAUGACUUGAAAGAAUAUUUUAUGAGCAUAUUUGUUGUAUCUGCAUUCAGCAUGUGCAAGCUUGGCUUGAAUAUUGACAUGAAUCUAAGGUUGCUACCUAUUAAAAACAAUAACAAAUCCAUAAGUUGCUAUAAUAAAUAUUUAUAUCAUUU